AUGGUAACAGCCUUUGGCAACGCCAAGACCACAAAGAAUAACAACUCCAGUCGCUUUGGGAAGUUCAUCCAGCUCAACUACCUGGAAAGUGGUGUCAUCAGAGGGGCCGUUAUUGAAAAGUACCUACUGGAAAAAUGCCGCGUGGUGACCAGAGAUAAGAGUGAGAGAAACUUCCAUGUGUUCUACUAUCUGCUGAUGGGCGCGUCCAAAGACGAGCAGGAGGAGCUACAUCUUCUAAAGCCACAGGAUUAUCUCUACCUCAAACAGGAAGACCUGCUUUUAGACGAUGAGGAGAAACUUGGGCAAGAGUACAGGAGGCUCCAUCAAGCUAUGGAGAUGGUUGGGUUCCUGCCCUCCACUAAGAAACACAUAUUUUCCAUCCUCUCUGCCAUCCUCCACUUGGGUAACGUCACAUUCACUCAGUCAGAGGACCCUCCGCGUUUGGAGGUUGGACCUCCUGAAGUCUUGUCUAUACUGUCAGACCUGUUGAAGGUGGAAGAGGAAUCACUGGUGAAUACUUUGAUCAAGAGAAAAAUGAUAACUGCCAGCUUCACCAUAGCUUUACCGUACACACUAGAUGAGGCCGUCGCAAUGCGAGACUCCAUGGCCCAAUCUUUAUACGGCGCUCUGUUUGACUGGAUCAUCCUUCACAUCAACCAUGCGACCAUGAACAGACGAGACAUGGAGGAGUCUGUCUCAUGUUUGUCCAUCGGUGUCCUGGAUAUGUUUGGGUUUGAAAACCUCCAGUCAAACAGUUUUGAGCAGCUGUGCAUCAACUACGCCAACGAGACACUGCAAUGUUACAUCAACCAGAACAUCUUCAGGCUUGAGCAAGAGGAGUUUGUGGAAGAGAGCAUUGUCUGGAAAAACAUCGAGUUCAGCAACAACACCGACUGCGUUCAGCUGUUCGACAAGAAGUCGAUUGGACUCUUCGACCUGCUGGAGAAGGAGAGCAGCCUCACCGAGGCCACAGACAAGAGUCUGCUGGAAAAGAUAAAGAAGCAGCAUCAGGACAACCCAUACUUCAAACCAUCUCCACACACAGAGCCAACUUUUGUGAUUCAACACUUUGCUGGGAGGGUUAAAUAUCACAUCAAGGACUUCAGAAAGAAAAACACAGAGCACAUGCGUCCUGAUGUCAUAUCACUUCUGCGGAGCAGUGAGCGCUCCUUCAUCCAUCACUUGGUUGCUUCCAGCCCAGAAGCACAGUUCAGAUGGGGUGUCCUCCGAGCAGCCAUCCGCAUCCUCACAGUAUUCAAGAACCUGGGACGUCGGCGGGAAAAAUUAACUGCUGCAAGGCGGAAGUCUUUUAAAGAGAUACAAGAUAAGCGCCGGAGUACUUUGAGUCAACUAUCCAGUACCAGGACGAGUCUGGAUUUCUCCUUUGAACGCUCUGAUGAACAACCAGUUGAUGCAUUUGAUUUUUUGGCCAUGGGUCACGACCAAACCAGCCAGCCCGUCUGCUGUACUGUGCAGAAAAGGAGAACUAAAAGCGGUCGACAGAAGCAGAUUAUUCCAAAGAACCUUGUUGAUUUGCGUUCUCUCCGACACAUUAUUGGUCUCACGGGGCACGACCUAACCAGCAAAUCCAUCUUCCAUCCUCACCGAAAAUCAAAUCCUUCUACAGUAGGCUCUCAGUUCCAGACAUCACUCACAACUCUGAUGGACAGAAUUGCAAAAGCCGAGCCUUUCUUCAUUUUCUGUGUGCGCGCCAAUGCUGAAAAGAAGGAGCUGUGCUUUGAUGAUAAACUUGUCCUAAACCAAAUCAGGUAUACAGGCUUACUGCAGAUAGUUCACAUCCAGAAGUCUGGCUACAGUGCCAAAUACACAUUUGAGGAAUUUGUUGAGAAGUUUAGGAUUUUGUUUCCACAAGGAACUGCUGCAACUCCAGCGCACAUCACUGCACUGUUUGAGUGGAUGGCUUUGGAUAAGAAGACUUACCAAAUAGGAAAAACAAAGGUUUUCCUUAAGGAAAAAGAACGGCAACUGCUUCAAGACACACUCAACAAAGAAGUGAUGCGCCGCAUCAUCACCCUGCAGCGCUGGUUCCGCACGUGCCUCAUAAGGUUCCACUUUCUGCACAAAAGAGAUGCUACAAUGAUCAUACAGAGGAGAUGGCGUCAUUUUUCUCUGACCCAAAAUCGAACCGCUACAUUGAUGCAGGCAGCAUGGAGGACGUCCAUGGAGGAGUGGAAGCAGGAUGAUGGCGGCUCCAAAGACCGGGGCAGACGGGAAAGCUUGGGAAAAAGGGAGUUGAAGAGGCAGGAAAAAAUGGAGCAGCCUGACCCAGUCAAUAUUAAUGCUGUACAGCGGGACAGAAGCAAUGAGAAACGUCAAGGCAAAUCCCCUCCAUCACUCACCAGACCCUUCUCCGUCCCUGUAGAUCUAGUUUCCAUUAACAAUGACUCCACCAGCCACAUUAAGGGAAACACACUUCAGCGCUACAAAAAUAUUGGAGGAUUCAAGGAGAAGGCCGAUAAGUGGAAGGACAACAGACAUAGUGAAGGAGAUUCAGGUUCUGAAGCACUCUGGCACAGAAAUUAUAGGAGAAAUAAAUUUCACACCAAAAAGUCCAUGUCUGCAGAUGAACUUUCUAAGAUCAGCUCAUCAGGCUCUGACAGCUCAUCUUCAGUCAACGAGGUCAAGGUCCGGGUCCGCAAGCGCAAGAAACACAAGCGGCGCUUAGCCUACGCCCGCAGUGGUUUGAUGUGUAACUUUGGUGGCUCCAAGGAGAGCGAGUACUGGAGCUUUCCGCUGCCGCCCAUAAGUCCCUGUGUGGCCAGUCUGGCGAGCUUGGUCAGUAGCGCCGAUGUCCGGGACCUCAAAUCCAAGAUAACUGAUGGCUCAACGUUCUCCCUUCCAAUCCACAACACCAAUGAGGACAGCAUAGGACAUCACGACACCAGCACCCCUGAUAAGGCUUGGUCUCUCGGUAAAUUCCUGAGGAAAAUGGCACCCAGAAUAUCCCCCAGCAAUGAAUCUCCAACAGAUAAAGCAGUCACCUUCUCCAAGCACACUUCACAUUCUAACCAAAAGACAAACCAAAACAGUGCGAAAACAAAUCGUAACCCCACCAUUCGAAUCAGCCGUACCACACGGGGGUUGCAGUGGGACUCUUCUCUGGACCAAGAGGUUACUGACAGCAAGGAGCUACGAAACCUGGACGAGUUCCUUGGGAAUCAGGUGAAUGAGCUGCAAACUAGAAAGGAUCGGUCGCCAGCUGAGACGAUUUUUCUCACAGCCACGAUGCAGUUCAGAGAGAACAUCAAAGGCAUGUACUCUGUCCAGAAGCCCCAGAUUCACUACAAAGAUCUGAUGAAAGGCUUCCAUAACAAGGUGAACACGCUAGCAGGACCCACUGAAAAGGGAGAAGUUCCAAUGGUGGUAAACCUCUUCCAGUCUGUGCUGGACGGCUUCAUCAGGGCCACAAAGAAACGAGCAGCGUCUGAACCUGCAAAGACGUUGAAGAAGAGAAGGAAAAAGGAUAAAAGUCUUGACAGUCCUCUGGAUCACCUGUUCAGCACAUACCAGGUGAACAUUAUGCAGUCAUGUGACUUGUGUGGCUCCUACAUCUGGGGAAUGGAGAAAGCCUAUAUGUGCAGUGCGUGUAAGUUGAUAUGUCACAAGAAAUGCCUGAGCAAAAUCAUCACGGACUGCUCGACACGGUGUGCCAGGCAGGAUGGCAAUUUACGACCCUCAGCUCACUUUGGCGUGCAGGUGUGCGCCCUCACCACUAAAGCCAACCCCGUGCCCAUAGUGAUGGAGACGUUGCUGAUGCACGUGGAGCUAAACGGCCUCUACACCGAAGGGAUUUACCGCAAGUCGGGCUCGGCCUGCCGAGCGAAGGAGCUUCACCAGGUUCUGCAGAAAAAUCCUGAGACGGUAUGUUUGGAUAACUACCCGAUCCACACCAUCACAGGCCUCAUUAAACGCUGGCUCAGAGAGCUGCCUGACCCCCUCAUGACAUUUUCUCUCUACCACGACUUUCUGCAUGCUGUGGGUGAGGAACUGUUUAAACUUGUUGUUGAACAGUCCGAGCUCAAGGUUCCACAGGAAACACAGCCUGAUGAAGCGAUGAAGACCCUCAUUGAAAGGAUCAAGUCCAUCAAGCAAGAAAAGUUGGACUUGGUCUCCAGGUUGCCUGAGCUGGAUCAGGAAGAAUCUGACAUUGAAAACUUAGAUUCCUCAUCAUGGUUGAGCACCGACAGCCUGGACCUACUAGGGACACUGGACUUGGAAGGAAAAUCAAUCACACAUGUGAAAACCCAGGAACCUGACCUCCCUCCCAAACCUGCUGACCUGACACAGAGAAAAGGACAUCUAAUGGUUCAACGCAAUCCUGAACAGAAAGAGUUCACAUCUGGAGAAAAAGCAGAUGUUAUCCAGCCUCGAAAAGACACUCCCUCCCCAGCCAGCAUGCCCCAGAUAGCCAGUAAGAAGUUUAACAGGAGCUCUGACGACCUGGACAUCCCUUACAUUGACGAGGAUGAAGAUUUAAACGGAGAAUAACACCAUAAAUUUUUAUAAUUUGAAAAAUUCCCAAAUGUGUAUUAAUGGAAACAAAAAAAUGUGCACUUUGUUUUGUAGACAUUUCGAUUUGUUCAUGCUGGUAUGGAAAUUAACUGCUUUAUAUAUAUAUAACUGUUUAUGUAUUUAAUGGGAGAUGAUGCUGACUGUUCUUUCGGGGAGGUUUUAUUAUUAUUAUUAUGGCAGAUCUGGAUUAGUACUUCUCUUUGUAUCAGUAUACUGCGUGUAAUUUUUUUUUAACCUAUUUCAGAAUUGUACAGCUCUGAUUUUAAUAAAAGGCAGAUAUUUUUGACGUGUUCUUUGUGACGAGCUCUGUCGAGAAAUAUAGAACGUGAUAAAGAUCACUCAAGUACACAAGAGUGUCUUUUACUAAUUAACUCUGAGCUCAAUCACUGUGUUACUAAUGAAUGCCUUGUGUGUUAUUGGGGAAUAAAUAGCUUGUGCUUGUACCAGAAAACUUCUGACCUUGUACAUAAAGUGAUUCUGUCUCCUAAA